UGAGCUGAGGCCCGCGGGAGAGCAGCCGCUUCUCCCCGGCGGGGGUGGUCUGCAUCAGCCCCGCAGGUUAAGGCAUUCUCGGAGCCUGUUCUGUGCGCGGCAUUUCGGUGGCGGUACCUCGGGCAGGGAGGGAGCGGUAGCUGCGGCUGCCCUGGGUGAGGGGAGCCGGGGGCAGGAAAUCGCUGUAUAGAAGGCUACCUCAGAUUUUGAUGAGCAGGCAUGGCUGUCACGCUGCAUACUGAUGUGGGAGAUAUUAAAAUUGAACUAUUCUGUGAGCGUACUCCAAAGACUUGUGAAAAUUUCCUGGCUCUUUGUGCUAGUAACUACUACAAUGGAUGCGUAUUUCACCGAAAUAUAAAGGGCUUCAUGGUUCAGACAGGGGAUCCACUAGGCACUGGGAAAGGAGGUAACAGCAUCUGGGGCAAGAAGUUUGAAGAUGAAUUCAGUGAAUAUCUAAAGCACAGUGUCCGUGGGGUAGUUUCCAUGGCAAACAAUGGUCCCAACACCAAUGGAUCACAGUUCUUCAUCACUUAUGGCAAACAGCCACACCUGGACAUGAAGUACACGGUGUUUGGAAAAGUUAUUGAUGGCUUGGAGACCCUGGAUGAGCUGGAGAAGCUGCCCGUGAAUGAGAAAACCUAUCGACCUCUUAAUGAUGUUCGCAUUAAAGACAUUACAAUUCAUGCCAACCCCUUUGCUCUGUAGCCACAGAAUGCUGCAACACAUUCUGCAGAGACUGGUCAGAUAAUUCCCAGAUUAUGGGGUUUAAAGAGCCAUCAAAAAGGGUUACUUCAGCUGGAUCAUAUCUUUGCUUAUUGAAUGCAGAAUUUUCAGGAUCUUUAAUGUUGUUUGGGAGUUGUGACAGAGAAGUCUUCUGCUUCAGGAGCUACAUUUUCCAGAGUAUCUUCCAGCAUUUUGGUUUUUAAGCAUUGUUUUUUAUACUUGUAAAAUAAAAAAGCUUUAAUUUUUUUUUCUAA